CUCCCUGCCCGCCGAGCCGGGCGAUGCCGCGCUCCCGCUGAGGCUGCCGGGCCGAGCCCAGCCGGGUGCCGGCGGCGGCGUGGCGAUGGCCGGAGCGCAGGCUCCAUCCAGGAGGCUGCAGGGACGCUAGCGGGGCUGUGUCGGCGCCACGGGUCACGACCCGCAGCCUGGGAGGAGCGGCGAGCAGCAGAAGGGCCCCCGCAGCACGACCCCCCCACGUCCACCGUGUAUGAGGCUGGGACGCAGUACGCAGGACCCGCGUCCGCAGAGACACCCCUUCCGAUGUCCCGGCAUGAGACUUCUCCGACAACGGUGCAACCCGCCAGCAACCACCGCCCCAACGCCUGCUGCUUCUGCUGGUGCUGCUGCUGCAGUUGCUCGUGGAACGAGGACCGGGAGCGAGCAUGGAGGGCGUCUCGGGAGACCAAACUGGAGACCAUCCCAAACUGUGAAGCGUGCGCCAAACCCACGCCCGAGGAGGUGCGGGGCUGGGCACAGUCCUUCGACAAGCUGAUGAAGAGCCCGGCGGGCCGCAACGUCUUCCGGGAGUUCUUGCGGACUGAGUACAGCGAGGAGAACAUGCUCUUCUGGCUGGCGUGCGAGGAGCUCAAAACCGAGUGCAACAAACACACCAUCGACGAGAAGGCCAGGAUGAUCUACGAGGACUACAUCUCCAUCCUCUCGCCCAAGGAGGUGAGCCUGGACUCGCGGGUGCGGGAGGUCAUCAACCGCAAGAUGCAGGAGCCGUCCUCGCACACCUUCGACGACGCGCAGCUCCAGAUCUACACGCUCAUGCACAGAGACUCCUACCCUCGCUUCCUGAACUCUGCCAUAUACAAAUCGCUGCUCCAGAGCGUCUCCCGCUCCUCCUCGGAGUCCUAAGGGCACCCGCCGGCCA